AUGGUCAUGUAUACAUAUGUUCUGGCAAAGCAACGUUCCGGCGAUGGGGGAGUAACGCUCUCCAACAAACUGGUAAAUCUGCAUCGAGAUGAAAACAUUGACCAAGAGUUUCUCGGUAGGGUAAAUCCUAAAGGCUUGGUAAUUCGCCCCUUUGCCCAUCUUUGUUCGCGAGCUAAACCAGAAAAGGUGCCUGUAUUGAGUGGCGGUACAUUGUCGCAGCCGAUGCCAGAGAGUCUUGAUAUUUCUUACUGGCUGUGCUCCCACUACCCACACUCGCUCCCAAAGGCAAACGAGUCGGUCAUUCGACAACUAUUGCAGGAUAUCCAUACGAUCCAAGGGUUGUGUCUCUCGAUUGCGAAAGGGCAGCGCAUGGACAAGCUUCCGUGCGAUGCCGACGAACCGUUGCGGAGAGACGACCUGAGUCCAAAAUAUAGGCGAGCUUUAGAGUACAAGCAGAAAGUCCAUCGAGAGACACUCGAAACUGCUUUGACGGAUGCCAGAGUAGAGGAAGCGGAAGGGCAGGCUCGAGACCUGUUCAGCGGCGUCAUGGCAGUCUAUAAUCCGGGCGAUGAAUGGAUUUUUGGGAAGAACCCGACCGUGCUGGACGGACACCUGGUUCCGUUCAUCAUGCGACUGCUUGAUUGCGAGCGGGAUGAUUUAAUCCCAGAGGCCCUGCAAAAAUACGGGAGGAUUCAUGCGGCAUCGCGUCAAUGGGAUCGCGUCAUGCAUGGACGACCAACAAAAUGGAAUGUAUCCUUGGGGCAUGUUGGUGACAUGGCCGCUGAUUAUACUGGUCCUCAGUGA